AUGGCUUCCUCAAGCAAAUAUGAUGUUUUUAUUAGUUUCAGGGGAGAGGAUACACGUGAUAGCUUGACCAGCCAUCUUUACGAUGCAUUGAGUCAGAGAAAGAUUCAUACAUUCAUUGAUGAUAGGCUUGAGAGAGGUGAUGAAAUUUCGCCAAAUUUUCGGAAAGCAAUCAAGGAUUCAAAGAUUUCAGUAAUAAGUUUUUCCGAAAACUAUGCGUCUUCCACUUGGUGCUUGGAUGAACUUGUUCACAUACUUGAGUGCAAGAAAAAACAUGGACAAAUUGUGAUACCUAUUUUUUAUCGCGUAGAUCCAUCCGAUGUAAGGAAACAGGAGGGUAAGUAUGCAGCUGCAUUUGCCAAGCAUGAAAAACAUUUCGGUUUUGAGAAUAGGAUGGACAAGGUGCAUCAAUGGAAAGCUGCUUUGGAACAAGUAGCCAAUAUGUCUGGCUGGAAUUCAUUGAUCACUAGGACUGAGUCCAAGUUGGUUGGGGUGAUUGUUCAUGACAUUGUGAAGAAAUUGAAUUUCAAGUUUUCAAUAAGCAAUGUAAAGGGUCUAGUUGGACUUGAAAAGCAUAUUAAGGGAAUUGAGUCCUUACUAUGUAUUGAUUCGCCUCGUAUUGGAGUUAUAGGCAUUUGGGGCAUGGGUGGUAUCGGUAGAAUCAUUGUAACAACUAGAGAUAAGCAGGUGCUAAGUAGAGUGAUUGACAAAAUUUACAACAUUCAGGGGUUAAAUUACGAUGAGGCUUAUAAACUUUUCUGUUCAAAGGCUUUUAAAGAAAAAUCUUCCAUAUCAGAUGAUUACUCUACACUGUCAAAAAGGGUGAUAUGUUAUGCACAAGGCGUUCCAUUAGCUCUUACAGUUUUGGGUUCCUUCCUUUAUUCCAUGAGUAAAGAAGAAUGGGAAAGUACAUUGGAAAAACUGAAAGUAACUCCCAGUAUGGACAUUCAAAAUGUGUUGAGAAUAAGCUAUAAUGGAUUGGAUGACAACGAAAAGGAUAUGUUUCUUGAUAUUGCAUGUUUCUUUACUGGACAUCAAUCCCCAGCUUUUGUAGAAAGUAUACUUGAUGCUUGUGGUUUCUUUACAAGAAUAGGACUAUGGAUUCUACAUGAUAAGUCUCUUAUAUGCAUGAGCGGGUACAAUCUAUGGAUGCAUCAUCUAUUAAGAGAAAUGGGUAGGCAAGGAACUGCAACAGUUGAAGGCAUAUUCUUACAUAAUUGUGGGACUAUAAAAGUAAACUUGAGCCCUGAAGUCUUCUCAGAGAUGCGUAGUCUGAGGUUGCUUAAAAUUUAUGGAUUUGACAAGAAAAAUAAAUGCAAUCUCAAGUUUCCUCAAGAUGUUCAAUAUCUUCCUGAUGCCCUUGCAUCUAUUGGAAUGGAUGCUCUUUAA